AUGACUUCUCAACAACCAGAAAUCACAAUUGGCGAUCAAACACAACUCUCAUGUCCUGAGGAAAAUGCAAAUAUAUUUUCCAGAUUGACAUUUUGGUAUUUCAACGAUUUGAUAAAACUUGGAUCUGAAAAAGUUCUUGAAAUGACUGACCUCUAUGGAUUGAGAAGCGAAGAGAAAGCUGCACAUAUUUCAUCUUCUUUUCAAAAUGAAUGGGAAUCAGCAGUUACAUCUUCCAAUCGGAGCAACUCAAAACUUUUAAAAGUCAUUCAUAAAGUUUUCGGUCGUCGUUUCUAUUUGGCUGGAUUCUUGAAAAUCAUUUAUGACAUCACUCAGUUGGUUAGUCCCAUGUUUGUACAGUGGAUUGUAGGUCAUAUAAGAGAAGGAGAAAACUCUUCGGUGUUUUGGGGCUAUUUUCUUGCAAUAUCGUUAUUUCUUUUGCAAUUGAUUGGUGCUAUUUUUCUGCAACAAUACUUUUUUGUUGUAAUGACUCAAGGAAGGAGAAUUAUCACAGCUCUAAUGACCGCUGUUUAUCGAAAGACUCUUUCUUUGAGCCCUGUCGUAAAGAAGAAUUUCAAUAAUGGACACAUUAUCACAUACAUGACGACUGACUCUGUCAAGAUUGGUGGUCUCGUCAAGAAUCUGCACAUGACUUGGAGUUGUGUUUUGCAGAUUGUUGUUUCUGUGACCAUGUUGGUGAUCAUGCUUGGUUGGCCUGCAUUGACUGGAUUUUCAAUCAUUGUUGUGGUUGUGCCAAUAUGUUGGCUCAUUACUCGAGCAGUAAGAAGAAUUAGGAGAUCGGCCUUGCUCAUUUCCGCUCAAAGAAAGGCAGUCUUGAGUGAAGUCAUUAAUGGCAUUAGGACCAUCAAAUUGAAUGUUUGGGAAUCAGCUUUUGUCGAUAAGAUAUCACAGAUUAGGAAAUCUGAAAUGUGGAAAAACACUCAAGUCAUGCUUGCUAAUUGUUUUACCAACAGUCUUAUGCGAGUUAUUCCAAUAUUUGUUGCAAUUAUAUCACUUGCCGUGUAUUCUAUUUACAACUCUCUGGAACCAAAAAUCAUUUUCACAUGCUUGUCUUAUAUCAAUCUGCUUAAAGCACCCACUACAUUCUUUCCUUCAUUAUUGGCUUCCUUUGUUGAAGCAAAAAUUAGCUUAGAUAGAAUAGAGCGUUUUCUUACUGCAGAAAAUGUUGAAGAAAUUCAAGUAUUGACUGAGGAGUCAGAAUAUGCAAUACAAGUGAAAGAGGGCUCUUUCUCAUGGGAAGAAAGCGUUGCAAUAUGUGAACCAUCCCUCAAUACUAAUGCUAUUGAGAAAGAGUCCGAACAACAUCAAUUAGUUGACACCAGUAGUGGUCAUUCAUCGGUUGACAAAGUUUCCAUAUGCAAGACAUUUUCAUUGAUGAAUAUUAACCUCAAUAUAAGGAAGGGUUCGUUAGUAGUCGUGGUUGGUUCUCUUGGUUGUGGAAAAUCCUCACUACUCUCCGCCCUAUUGGGUGAAAUGAAAAGACAACAUGGAACAAUUACAUUGGGAGGAACAUUGGCAUAUGUUCCUCAACAAGCAUGGCUCAAGGAUGCCACCAUUAGAGACAACAUUCUCUUUGGAAAUCCACUUGAUGAAGACAAAUAUAAUAGAGUCAUCGAAAGCUGUUGUCUAGGCACUGAUUUGAAAUCAUUAGAAUGUGGAGAUAGAUACAUGGUCGGUCAGAAAGGUUCCAUGCUUUCUGGAGGGCAAAAAACAGAGGGUGGCUUUGGCCAGAGCUCUCUAUUCCGAUGCAGAUGUCUACCUUUUAGAUGA